AUGACUACCCCAAAGAUGAGAAGAGAUGAAUUAAGGAAAUGGGGAUUAUUAAUGUAUAUUUCAGCCGAAUGUGCCAAAGACCGAGUAAAAGCAUCCUUAUACAAUACGGCAGUAAAACCAACAUUCAUUAAUUGCAAAGUUUGUCUUACUCCACCCAAAGAUAGAAAAGUAGAACUUCAGCUUAUUAUUCGGUAUGGUAAAGAUGAGCAUGCUAAACAGAGAUUUGCGAGAUAUAUCAAAACUUGGGCCCCAAAUACGAAAUUGCGAAUAAAACUUCCCCAUUAUGGCACGAGAAUACAUCGCAGCGGCAUGACGACCUCCAUUACGGAAAUUGAAAUUUAA